AACAACAACAGCAGCAGCAGCAGCCAUGUUUAGAAACAUCUACGCUUCGGGAUUUCGACACCUGGCAGCCAUCAUUAGUUAAUCGUAAAUUGUUGUAAUAUGCUUAUGACUUGCAAAUGUAAUGCUCGGGUAACUUAAAUAAACCAGGUUUGACCUUCUGAUCAAGUUCCGCCUUUAGUUUUUUUUUAGUUUCGUUUUUGAGAAGACUUUCGUUUUUGAGAAGACUCGACAAAAUGGACAAUAACAUUCGUUCGUUUUAUUACACUUUUUAGAUGUUUAGCCUGUAUAAUAUAUGAGACGCCGAUUAUUUGACAAUGGUGAUUUAUAGUAUCGUUACCACGGUUUUCAGUUGUGGUAAACAAUCUGAGUGAAAUACUGGUCAAAGACGGAGCUACCCACCAUGACUUUCUGCAUUAUCUGUGUAUUUGCACUGCUGAUAAACAAAGUGUCCCUGCAGGGUGUGAAUGUUGUUGAGGGUGUUACUGGAGGUUCUGUUGUCUUGCCGUGUGCUACCAAUGAGACUAAACACAAACUUUCUGAUAUUAUUGUGCAUUGGAGACACAAUGACAGCCUGCCUGUCUGUGCCAUAAUAAAGGGCACAUUUUCACUACAAGACCAGGUCUUCACCUACAAGAACAGAGUGGAAUCUUUCCCCACUGAAUAUAAGAAAGGAAACUUCUCCCUCAAACUUAACAAUCUUAAACACGCUGAUGCAGGAGAAUACCUGUGCUUCAUCCUACAUUCAUCUGAACAACUGACCCUGAUCACACAGCUGACCAUUAAAGAAUCAACAGUACAGAUAGGAGAAAAACCAACAGAAGAAAAUGGAAACCAAGCACGAGAAACAGAAUCACCUUUUUUUUUUGCUUUCCUUGGUGUUUUGAUUCUAUCGUGUUUAGCUCUCUGUGUCCUAUUCAUAUGUAAGAAAAGGUGUGAAGGAGGUGACUAUCCCCAUGUAGUUUAUGAUCUCCGUGUGAAGGGUAAUAUUGAACCUCAUUCAAACAGCACUUCGGUCCCAGAAAAUACAUUUUCCAUAUUAUAAAAAAAACAUAGAAGACCCAGAAGCGAAAAAAAUCAACACUGCUUUAUUGAAAAUCAACUUAAACAGUCGGGCCAUCGAGUCACGAGCCACCAACAGCGUGUCAACUUUAGUCUUACACAGUUUUAUAUUUUAGAUUUAAUAUUGCUCUCUGCUGCAAUGCACUCAAACCUAAUGGUAUGUUCACAUUAUAAGUGACUUUGUCGCUGUGUGUUGCGCGUCUCUUUCAAAAACAAAUGAGUAACGUCUACUCCAGUAACUGAUGAGAGACGGAUGACUAGAAUUCCACUGCUUUGUUCUCAUUGGUAGUCGCUUCCGAAUGUCGCUAAUUAUUUACAUAAAGUUAAACAUUUCUCAACUUUGACGUGCGACUGGACACAGCCGUCAACGGUCACUCGUGUCGCCGGAUGCCGCUGAGCUUCCAUUGAAAUCAAUGAGAUUGCGUCGCUCUGCUACUGCUAGUCGCUUAUAAUGUGAAUGUACCUUAACGCGCUCCCCCUUCAGCUCUCCACAAACAGCAGCGAUUGGCGAACGGAAAGCAAGAAAGUACCGUAAUAAACCAAAUAUUUCCAAAAAGGGCAAAAUCAGAGCCUUUUAGGCCGUUUCUCAAUCCGAAGGCUGUAGCCUCCGGAGGUCGCAUAGGCUGCUGCAUAUGUCAUCAAGCCUAGUUUAUUUAACUUAACUGAGCAUUACAUUCAUAAGUCAUAAGCAUAUUACAACAAUUUACGAUUAACUAAAAAAUCUAUAUUUUUAAGUUUAAGUUAGUAUUUUAAGUCUUUAUGACAAAUGCAGCCUAGAAAUGCGACCAUUUUAGGCUACAGCCUUCACAUUGAGAAACGGUCUUAGUGGAUAACCUUAGCAACACGCAGAUUAAUCCGUUAUUGUGUAAUUAGAGAGGCUAAACAUGCAUAUUAAACAUUAUGGGGUGGUUUCCCGGACAGGGAUGAGCUUAAGCCAGGACUAGGCCUUAGUUUAAUUAUGAAAUAUAACUACAAACAUGCCUCACUAAAAUCAUUACUUGUGUGCUGAUGAUGUAUUUUAAGAUAUGUCAGUGCAAGUUGUUUCCAGUUUGGACAGCUCUUAGGACUAGUCUAAUCCCUGUUUGGGAAACCUCCCCUAUAAGCUUACAUUCUACACAGUGUGACGCAUUUUAAAGCUUUAAAGUUGUAUGAGGCAGUGUAAACUGGGAAAAACCAGCAGCUGACCAUUCUAACUGAUCUCAUAUUAGUGAAUUUUAUUUGUCAAAAAACAUUGUUGAUAGAAUUUUAUAAAAAUAGUACUUACACAUGUUAGUGUGUAUAUAAAUAUUAUAAAAUAUGUUUAAAGUGCGUUUUGCAGGUAAAAUUUUUCCACGAAUUUGGGCAAUUUGCUUGUUGAUAAUAAACAUUUAAAUUGUUA